AGACGGCGGGGUCGGUGAUUGGCUUCAGGCCGAGUGGAGCGGCGCGGCGAUCUCUUGGGGUCGGAACCUUAGAUGCCUAAUGAGAUGGAGACGAUGCCAGUUAUUUCCAAAUCAAACUCCAGAAAGAGACGGAAGGAUGGAAUAGGACCCAAUGGCACCACUGAUGAUGAUGAUGCCAGCCCAAUGAAAAUUGCACGACCAACCCUCUCACAGCCGGCACCCUUUGCAGACGAGAAUGGAGUGAAGAGCAGCAAGCCAUAUGAACGUGUGACAUUGGAAGAAGCAAAGAUUGGGACUCCCCUGGAUCGCCCAGUUCGAGUGUAUGCUGACGGAAUCUUCGAUCUUUUUCACUCGGGACAUGCACGGGCCCUGAUGCAGGCCAAGAGUCUUUUCCCAAACACGCAUCUAAUCGUAGGAGUGUGCAAUGAUGACCUGACCCACCAGUUCAAAGGCUUCACGGUAAUGAACGAGGCUGAGCGGUAUGAUGCAGUCAGGCAUUGCCGCUACGUUGAUGAGGUUGUAAGAAACGCACCCUGGUCACUUUCGGCUGAGUUCCUGGAGAUGCACAGGAUAGACUUUGUGGCUCAUGAUGACAUCCCAUAUUCCUCCGCAGGAAGCGAUGAUGUUUACAAACACAUUAAAGACGCAGGUAUGUUUGCCCCAACUCAAAGAACAGAAGGAAUCUCCACAUCAGAUAUCAUUACCAGAAUUGUGCGGGAUUAUGACGUAUACGUGCGCAGAAAUCUGCAGCGUGGUUACACUGCCAAGGAGCUUAAUGUCAGCUUUAUAAAUGAAAAGAAAUACAACUUGCAAGAAAGAGUUGACAAAGUGAAGCAGAAAGUUAAAGAUGUGGAGGAGAAGUCGAAGGAGUUUGUUCAGAAGGUUGAGGAGAAAAGCAUUGAUCUGAUUCAGAAAUGGGAGGAGAAGUCAAGAGAAUUCAUCGGGAACUUCCUGGAGAUGUUUGGGCCGGAGGGAGCCUUGAAACAUAUGCUGAAAGAGGGCAAAGGCCGAAUGCUGCAGGCGAUAACCCCGAAGCAGAGUCCGAGCAACAGUCCGGCCCGGGAGCGUUCCCCAUCGCCCACUUUCCGAUGGCCGUUCUCCAAGACCUCUCCGCCCUCCUCGCCGAAACCGGAGUCGGACGCGGCUGGCUACGACAUCAGCGAUGACGAUUCAGAGUAAAGGUCUCUCUCUGUCUCUCCCGGAGUCUUUGUUUCACCCUCAACACCUGUCUCCUCCAGAGUCUGUCUAUCGAUUUGUCAGUGAUCCACGAGGACUGCAGGCUCUAGGCAAGUGUCACUCUCCAACACACCCACACAGAAAAGGAGUUCACACAAAUAGGAUCAGGUUGGACUUUGGAAUUAAAACAUUAAAAACAAAAUAAUUUUCCACAGGAAAGUAGCUUGAACGAUGUAAACAUUUAUUCUUUUUAGCAAAUUAAACUAAUUUAAAAGAAUCACUGUAAAGAUCACAGAGGAAAAAUGGUUUUCUUUUAUAUGUAUGAAAAAUGGUUUUCUUUUAUAUGUAAGGCCUUGUGUUGUAUCUGAGUAUCUGCACAUCAAAAUGUAAUGUGUGUUUCUAACGUAUGAGGCUAGAAAUGUAUGCUCGCCUCGGUUUGGUGGCUGAAAGACUUUUGUGGGAUGGGGAUGUUGUGGGUGGGGGGCGUGGGGGGGAUUGUGUUUGUAUCUGUUCAUGGGCUUUCCCCUGCAACUUUCAUCCAGCUGAACAGUUCUCCCCGUGUGGAAAGAGCUGCAACUUGCCAGUCACUUGCAUUUCCAACUUCACCAGUCUCCAGAUUUGAAAUCUCACCACCCACUCUGCCUUAUGCCCCAUCUCACUGAACUGGUUCAGUCAGCUUUUAUUGAAUCCAAGAGGGUCAUUGAAACAAGGGUGUUGUCAGCUCAAUACUGCAGCCAUGGGAUGUGAUGCACUGGAGGAGAUGAGACAGAAUUAGUGUGAUGGAUAUACCCACAAUGCUGGCUGCUGCAUAUUUACAAAAGGUGGUUUAAUGACAACUCCUUUCUCGUGCAACAGUUGAGAUUCCCUUCCUGUAAGCCACCUUAUGGUUUGUCUUGUGUGUAGGUAUACAGUGGAGAUCCGGGCUGCGGCAUGUCAAGGCAGACUUUCCGAUAGGUUAAAGGAUUUGUGUACAACCCGGGUGUUGUGUCUGAUCUUUCCAUUUCUAAUGGAGCAUGCACUAUUUGUGUGGAGGAAAGUCUCUGCUGCAAAUCACUGCCAUCAACCGGUUUCUCCUGCACUCGACAGUUUGAGCGUGCUGGUAUAUAAUCGAUCGUUUUUGCACUUUGGAAGCUUGGACUACUCUCGAGGUGAAGCCCUUGUGGGUUUUCUCUCCUGUUUCAUGCGCUUAAGAAGAGCAGUCCAUGCUCUUUUCAAUGACUGUCCUGCAAAGUACGAUGAGGUUAAGGACUGAAUCAGAAUACUCUUUUUGGAAUUCCAGUGCUCAAGAUUGGUGCAUGUCUUGUACUUGUCUGCACACUGCCCAUGGACAAGGAGAUGUUGGACUGUGUUCCCAGCCUGUACUAUCCUUUGCUUUCUGGCUGCACACUUAUGCACGUUUUCCCAGGAUUGUCAGUGUUCGCGUGCAGACUGGUACCAAACAUUCUGUAUUCAUGCAGCCUCUCUGCAGAAGUUAAUUUAAGGAACGAGAUUGAAAUAAAUAAGGAUAAACACCCUAUAAAUACAAAGCAGGAUCCGCCAGUCCUUUAAGAGAACAGUUUGGUAUUUUAGAUCCUUUAUUAGAACUGCCUGUGUUUAACUAAAGCUUCCGAUUGCUUCUUCCCUCAUCCCCAUCAAUUUUCACUGACCUACAUGUUUCCAGUAGGUCCUCAAUUCAGAUUUCUUUUUUUAAUAAAAACACCUUGCCAGAGGUGCGAGUUGUUGUCAUUCAACUCUAAACUCGCGAGCUGACGGUAUUACCAGUCCUGCAUGCUCUGUCUUUCCUUUAUUCAUUCUCAAGGUGUGGGCAUCAUUGGUGAAGACCAAUCCCUAAUAGUCCUGCAGAAGGUGGUGGUGAGCUGCCUCUUGAACAACUUCAAUCCAUGCAGUGUACCCCUAGAGCCCUUGGGGAAGCAAUUCCAGAAUCCUGUGACACUGAAGGAGUGCUGAUAUUGUUCCACGUUACAAUAACGUGGUUUGGAGGGGAACCUACAACUGGAGGUAAUUGUGUGUUUGGCAGUUGCUGCCUAAGGGAUCUGGUGUGUUGCUGCAGUAUAUCUUGUAGGUGGUGCACACAGCAGCCAAUGUGCAUUGGUGCGGUAGGAAGUGGAUGUUUAUGGUUGUGGAUAGGCUGCCUUUUUGUGGAAUGGCUUCGAGCUUCUUUAGUGUUAUUGGCACUACAUUUAUCCAGACAAAUGGAACGUUUUACCCCAUGGCUUUUGCAGUUUCCUGUAUCCUUCAGCAAUGUCUUGAUGUCACGUGGAACUAACUAAAUUGGCUGAUGACUGACUUCUGUGAUGGUGUGGCCUCAGGAAUAGGCCAAGAUGGAACAGACACUGAAUGCUUCUGCCUGAAUGUGGUAGCUAACACUGAGAAUGUGGAACUUACAGAUUGGUGUCUGCCAUCAUUAACAAUAGGGUGCUCAAGGAGCCGCCCCCUCCUGUUGGUUACAUUUCCAUCCCCAUUCACAAGUGCACAUGCAGAGCUUUGACCAGAACUAUUAAUUAUAGGGUGACUGAGCUCUAUCUACAACAUACUACUCCAUUAUUAAAUGUGUGUCUUGCUGUUUUGUAACUUGACCAGGUUGACGUAAAGGAUAUAUUGGGAGUAAAGUUACAGAUUGUGGUUGAUGGCCCACUGGGCCUCAUUGCUGCUGUGUUUUGAGAUGCUCAAUCUGCUGUCAAUCUUAUUUCCUUCAGCAAUGUAGGCAUCCCAUACAAUAUGGUGGGUGUUAUUCUGUUUGGUGGUCAAUCCCUUCAUGGACAGGUACAUCCACCAGGGUGAGAGAAAUCAGUUUAUUUUCCCCUUGUUAGUUCUCUCACCACAUGUACAGGUGCAGCUUGACAGCGGUGAGCUUCAGGACUUGGUCAGCUCAGUCAGUGGUGGUACUGCUGAGCCACAUUUGGUGAACUCCAAGACUCCUUCCACAGAAUCUGCCAAACCUACAACCUCUACCAUCAAGAAGGACGGGCAUGGCAUACAUGGAAACACCACACCUGCAAAUUACAGGAAAUAUGCUGCCAUUCCUUCAGUGUCAGUGGGUCAAAACCCUGGAACUCCCUCCCUUAAAGCAGCAUUGUUGGUACACUAUACCUCAAGGAGAGCAGUUUAAGAAGGCAGCUCACCAUCACCUUCUCAAGUGGAAUGAAUGCUGGCCCAGCUUAUGAUGCAUACAGUCCCCACAACUUAAUGGAAAAGAAAACUGAAGUCCCUUAAUUAAAGCACAUUCUGUGUCCUUGCCACCCUCCUCCUUUAUGUGGAGGAAUCUUGAUUUAUUGCCGACUGGGCAAUAAUUAGCCAGAGCCUUCCUUGUCCAUCUUUGACCUGAUGCUGUGAGACUUCAAGGAGUGUGGGAUCAAUAUCGAUAACACCAAGACCACUCGUGAUUGUAUACUGUGCCUCCAAGACUUCUCCUCACUGUCAACACCUUUACCUCUGGUAUCACCCAAGGAGUUGUCUUAACCACCUCCUAUUUCUUGUCUACAUGCUGCCCUUAGCUCCUGUGGAGCACAUUAGAACAUUUUGAAAACAUUCAAAAACAAUGUGUCAGCUGCCACAUGUCUGUUGAUGACACCCAGCACUACCUCCACUCAUCUUGACCCCUCCAUAGUCUCUACAUUGUUGGACUAUUUGUCCCACACCUUCCAAAUAAAUAUUAACAAGACUAAAGCUGUUGUCUUCCUGAAUGAUCUCUGCUCCCCAACUAAUGACUCUUCCCCCACCCACCCAAUGGUUGUUACUGAGGACUGAAGAAUCAGGCUAUUUAUGACCUUGCUGUCUUAUCUGACCCUGACAUGUGCUUCAAUAAUGCAUCCUCAUAGUUCCACCUCUGACAUUAUAUGACUGACCCUACCUCAUCUCAUCCACUGCUGAAAUCCUCAUUCACACCUUCGUUUGCUCCACACCUGACUUCUCCAGUGCCAUCUUGGCCAGCCUCCCUGUCUACUCACUAAAUCUAAGAUGGUCGUCAAUUCUGCUGCUUGUAACUAACUCAUGUUAAGUUCUGCUCCCCCAAUCUGCCCUUGUUGACCUUCGUUGGCACCCAGUGUUCCCAUCCUUGUUUUUGAACCUUUCCAUAGUUCUGUGAACUCCUCCAGCCCGAUAACCCUCUGAGAUCAUAAUUACAGUAAUUCUUGCUUUUAGAGCAUCACAAACUGCAAUUGCUUCAAAAUUGGUGGCUGUGCUUUCAACUGCUUGGCCUGAACCCUGGAAUUCCCUUCCUAAACCCCCUCCAACUCCAUAUCCCUUUUUCAAAUGUCUCUUAUGAUCUACCUCUUUUGUUAGCUUUUUGGAAUCUGUCCUCAUAUUUCUUACUCCGUGUCAAAUGUCUGGUGAAAAUGGCCUAUGGGGCAGGACAUAACCAGGCAAGGUUACAACAGGAGUCUUGCAUAUUAACUGGGAAGUUGGUAUCUUUAGGUAUGAUCACAUUGGACUGUAACUUGGUUAAUCUGUGGAAUUGCUAUCCUGAUUUUCACAGAUUUAACAAGGAGGUCUCAGGUUGUGCAGUUGGAUGGCACGCUGUCUGUCCUGUUGUUGUAGCUUUGCUUUUUGUAGCUCUCUCAAUAACCAAAUGAUUUGCUCAGCCAUUUCAGAGUUAGCCACAUUGCUGUGGGUCUAGAGUCCAGUGUAGGUAAGGAUGACAGAAAAUAACAAAAGCUGCAGAUCACAGCAGGUUAGACAGCAUCCAUGGAGAGAGAGCAAACUGACGUUUCAACUUGCGAUGAUUUUUCAUUAGUAUGAUAGAUUUCCCACCCUAAAGGACAUGAGCGAGCCAGAUAGGUUUCUAAUGACAAUCCGGUAAUAGUUGAUAGCUUAUUUUUCCAGAGUUAUUUUAACUCUGCAGCUGUCGUGAUGAAAUUUGAAUUCAUGCUACUAUCAUUACACCAGGCUUCUGGAUCACUGACACAAUGAUAUAACCACUGUGUGUAGUAGCCCUCAUUGCAGGACAGGAGAACUUCAGUUAUAAAGAUGUUUGUUGUUCUGUGCGCUGGGCUGUGUCUGUAUCAUUUUUCAGGUUUGUUGAAGUUAUGCUGACUUUAUUUAAAAUAAGAUCAUAAGGCUUUUUGACAUGACCAGCACUAUAAAUGAGAUGAAUUCCACGUGCUAUCUGACUGUUAUUCCAUUGCAUGUUGUACUCUAACAGCAAUGGAUUGGGCUGCACUGAAAUCUGCAUUUCUCUGUGUCGUUUCUGUCUUACUAUUUUCAAAACAUUUUUCAAAACCUAUGAGUGUUUGUGUAGGGCCCUUCAUGAUUAUGGGAUAUCCGAAAACACUUGGCAUGCUGAUCAAGUGGUUUACGGAGUUCAGUCACUAUGUUGUAAUGUCAGGAAACGUGAGAGCAUUGCCAAACUCCAGGCUCUCUGCAGUUUUCUGCUGUCUCGAUGCUGCUUCAAUGCUGAGGCCAGAGUUGCACUGAAAUAAGCUUGUUGAAUUUGUCUAAGGGCCAGAAGGACACUCAUCUGUCAUUGAGUUGGGGGGGUACUCCCUUUGAGGGGAAGUGGGCUUGCUGGCUGCGAGAGCCCUCAAGUUGGGAACGAUGACCACUGCUUAUUGAGUAAGCACCGCACCCACAUCCUCUCUGCUCACUGGGAGUCCCGAGGCACGACAUUGCAGACCUGGCUACAAUGGCUACAAAGCUUUAGCUUCUCCACCAGCAGCUCGCUCAUGACAAACUGGUUAUUAGCUGUGUCAGAUUGAUCCUGACCCUCAAAAUGUCACAUCCGUAAGACGAUAAGAUGUUAGGACCAGAAGGAGACCAUUUAGCCCAGUGGAUCUGCUCUGCCAUUCAGUGUUAUCAUGGCCGAUUUCUGGGGGUGGACUUAAUGUGUGGGGGGUGUUGGGGAGGGUGGAGUGUGUGAUUUGCUUUUUCAGUCAAAUCAGGAGUAGCCAAACUCUACAAACUCUUCCGUGACUGUUGGAUGGCAGAUGGAGUGCAGAAGUAUUUCUGUCUUGGUGUUGUAUUUUUAAAAGUCCAUAUGUUAUUUAUGCAAUACAAUGUUCCUGUGGGCAAUCCUUGUGAAUCAUUUAAAUUUAUACAUGAAAAAAAUGAUAAGAUUUAAUCUUAGACCUUUUGUUAAACUUGGGUGGUUGAGGGCACAGGGAGGUUAAAUUUACCAUAGUUGAAAUGCAAGGUGCUAUAAGAUCGGCUUUGAGCUGAGAUUUUUAAUAGAGAUGCAUGUUGUUGAUAAAUGGAUUUUGUGCUGAUCUUUUAAUCAACUUACAGCUGUUGAACAGUGGAAAUUGUCUGAUUAAACAGCAUUAAACUGAAA